CCAAGUCCCAGCCUAAAACCCUGUCGUAACUGAGAAAAGAAUAAGCAAACCAAAGCAACAGAAAGCUCAGCCAUUUCCUCACGAAAUGGCGGGUCCGUUGUUGCUCCGGUCGCUCUGGUCCAGUACUCGCAAAUCCGUCACUUCUUCUUUUUCUUCAACCUCUCCUCUCAGACCUCGUCUUACUCCACGCGCUCCAUUCCUUCUGUCACGCGCCUUCUCCUCAGCCGCCUCUGCCUCGGCCGCUACCGCGCCCACCAGCAGCGCGCUCGAUCCGAGCCUGAUCCGCAACGUGGCGGUGAUCGCGCACGUCGACCACGGCAAGACCACCCUCAUGGACCGCCUGCUCCGCCAGUGCGGCGCCGACAUUCCCCAUGAGCGCGCCAUGGACUCCAUCACCCUCGAGCGCGAGCGCGGCAUCACUAUCGCUUCCAAGGUUACAUCCAUUUCAUGGAAGGAAAAUGAACUAAACAUGGUUGAUACACCCGGACAUGCAGAUUUUGGUGGUGAAGUUGAGCUCGUUGUUGGUAUGGUUGAAGGAGCAAUUUUAGUUGUAGAUGCUGGAGAAGGUCCACUUGCACAGACAAAGUUUGUUCUUGCGAAAGCCUUAAAGUAUGGGUUGCGCCCUAUUCUUCUUUUAAACAAAGUAGACCGACCUGCAGUUUCCGAGGAGAGGUGUAAUGAAGUUGAAAGUCUGGUGUUUGACCUUUUUGCAAAUCUUGGUGCUACAGAGGAGCAGCUGGAUUUUCCAGUUCUCUAUGCUUCUGCAAAAGAAGGAUGGACUUCAACCACUUUUACCAAAGAUCCUCCUGCUGAUGCAAGAAAUAUGUCAGAGUUGCUUGAUGCCGUCAUAAAACAUGUUCCGCCGCCAACAGCUAACAUUGAUGCACCUUUCAAAAUGCUGGUUUCCAUGAUGGAACGGGACUUCUAUCUCGGGAGAAUAUUGACUGGACGUAUUUAUUCUGGAAUCACUCGUGUUGGGGACAGAGUUCAUGGACUUCGUAAUAAAGAUUCAGGAGUAGAGAAAAUUGAAGAAGGGAAGGUGGUGAAGCUGAUGAAAAAGAAAGGUACAAGUAUGGUUCCAGUUGAUAGUGCUGGAGCAGGUGAUAUAGUAUCAAUGGCUGGUUUGACAACUCCAGCAAUAGGCCAUACAGUGGCAAAUGUGGAGGUUAUGACGGCGUUGCCCACUGUUGAGUUGGAUCCCCCAACCAUUUCUAUGACUUUUGGUGUCAAUGACUCUCCAUUGGCUGGUCGUGAUGGUACUCAUUUGACUGGAGGGAGAAUUGGUGAUCGGCUAAUGGCUGAAGCAGAAACGAAUCUUGCCAUAAAUGUGCUCCCUGGCUUAUCAGAGUCAUAUGAAGUUCAGGGGAGGGGAGAACUUCAACUGGGUAUCUUAAUUGAAAAUAUGAGGCGUGAAGGAUUUGAGUUGUCUGUCUCACCACCUAAAGUUAUGUAUAAAACAGAAAAUGGUCAAAAGCUUGAGCCAAUCGAAGAAGUCACCAUUGAGGUCAAUGACGAGCAUGUGGGGUUAGUUAUGGAAGCCCUAUCUCAUAGGCGAGCCGAGGUUAUGGACAUGGGUCCUGUCCCUGGAAAUUUUGGCAGGACUAGAUUGUCUUUGACCUGUCCCUCAAGGGGCCUGGUUGGUUACAGAAGCGUGUUUAGCAGCGAUACUCGUGGAACUGGAUUUAUGCAUCGUGCUUUCCUGACCUACGAAAAAUAUCGGGGUCCUCUUGGCAAUGUCCGUAAAGGAGUCUUGGUAUCAAUGGGCUAUGGUACAGUCACAGCUUAUGCACUAAUGAGUUUAGAAGCUCGUGGAACUCUCUUUGUGACUCCUGGGAUGGAGUCAUAUGAUGGCAUGAUUGUGGGUGAGCAUUCACGGGAUACGGAUCUAGAUAUCAAUCCAGUUAGGGCUAAAGAACUUACUAAUGUGCGUGCUGCUGGGAAAGACGAGAAUGUGAAGCUAUCUCCUCCUCGUUUAAUGACUCUUGAAGAAGCCAUUGGUUAUGUAGCUUCAGAUGAACUGAUCGAGGUUACACCAAAAUCCAUUCGGUUAAGGAAGAAAUACCUAGAUGUCAGCAAGCGUAAAAGCAUGAGUAAAAAGCCAAAGGACUGAAGGAAGCAUUUGUCCUUGAUGCAGUUUUGUGACCUUAUUAUGAUUAUUCAUAAUUCUACUGGUGUACUAUAAAGAGGUGAUUAUCAUAUAUACUCAAUUCUCUAUCUCUGCCUCAAUUUAGGUUUACAUUGAAUACUGAAAUAUUCUUUCAUAAAUGAUGAAAAAGGAAAGUCGAUGUUGUAUUUAUAAGAAACAAUAAAUGCAAUGAGGUAUUUACUCAA